ACCCUAACAGCUGUCUCCUGAACAACAUACAUCACAAACAGUACAGUCUCUCCUUGGGUAGUCCUCAGAAGUCCACGCCCCUGUGGCUGACAGUAUAGGCUACAUGCCUGCAUGGUCUGGCCGAAGAUCCAGGAAGGUUGGCGGACAGAAAAGAAGGGUGGCCGCGCACAUCAUGAUCCGAAACCUCAUCGCAUGAAAGCCGACUACUCAGAUCCUCAACUCCAAGCUCUCAACUAAAGGAAGACAUCAUGAUUCCUGUGAUGGAAUUCCGGCAGUUCUCUGAACAACAGCCAGCGUUCAGAGUCCUGAAGCCAUGGUGGGACGUGUUCACCGACUAUCUGUCUGUAAUCAUGCUCAUGAUUGGUGUCUUUGGAUGCACUCUUCAGGUAAUGCAAGAUAAAAUCAUAUGCCUUCCUCACAGAAUAUCAUCACCUUUGGAGAACACAAGUGAAGUGAAGUCACUGUUACACCUGCAGUCCAAUAUUUCAGUGGUACCAAGAGAAAUGACGGGCCUGAAAACCCAUCUGGAUCUCCAACAGUACAGUUUCAUCAAUCAGAUGUGUUAUGAGAAGGCUCUGCAUUGGUAUGCCAAGUACUUUCCUUAUUUGGUUCUUAUACACACUGUAAUUUUCAUGGUGUGUAGCAACUUCUGGUUCAAAUUCCCUGGCUCAAGCUCUAAAAUAGAGCAUUUUAUCUCCAUGCUUGGCAAGUGCUUUGACUCUCCCUGGACCACACGAGCUUUGUCCGAGGUCUCCGGAGAAAAUCCUGAAGAAAAGGACCAUAAAAAGAGCAGCACUUCUAGGUCCAACAUCGCUGUGUCUCCCGAAGAAGAAAUUUUGGAGACGACCCAGUCCCUCCGGUCUAUCCCGGAAAAGAUUGUAGUUGACCAGCCAUCAGCAAGUGUUCUUGAUAAAAAAGAGGGUGAACAAGCUAAAGCUCUUUUUGAAAAGGUAAAGAAGUUCCGUUUGCAUGUUGAGGAAGGAGACAUCCUCUACCUUAUGUAUGUUCGCCAGACAGUGUUCAAGGUGUUUAAAUUCCUCCUGAUCAUUGCCUAUAAUAGUUCUCUAGUGAAUAAAGUGCGGAAUAGAGUACGUUGCGAAGUUGAGAUCCAGGACAUGACAGGCUAUAAAGACUUUGAAUGUAAUCACACUAUGGCUCAUCUGUUUUCUAAGCUUUCUUACUGUUACCUGUGUUUAGUGGCUGUCUAUGGAUUAACAAGCCUUUACACCUCUUACUGGCUGUUUUACCGCUCACUGAAAGAAUACUCCUUUGAGUAUGUGCGACAGGAAACAGGCAUCAAUGACAUCCCAGACGUCAAGAACGACUUUGCUUUCAUGCUACACAUGAUUGAUCAGUAUGACCCAUUGUAUUCUAAACGAUUUGCAGUUUUUCUGUCCGAGGUCAGUGAGAACAAACUGAAACAGCUCAACCUCAACCAUGAGUGGACUGCGGAGAAAUUGCGUCAGAGACUCCAGACUAACACCAACAACAGACUUGAACUUCAGCUUUUCAUGCUCCCUGGGUUACCUGACACUGUCUUUGAGUUGAAUGAGCUGCAGUCACUCAAGCUAGAGAUCAUCAACAAUGUCACCAUCCCUGCCUCAAUCUCUCAGCUGGAAGACCUUCAGGAGCUGUCUCUUUACCAAUGCUCUUUAAAGUUGCACACAACAGCUACCUCCUUCCUCAAAGAGAACCUGAAAGUGCUUCGUGUGAAGUUCGAUGAUAACAGGGAACUUCCAAACUGGAUGUACGGCCUACGCAACUUAGAGGAGCUCUAUCUGACCGGAUCUCUAAGCCCUGAUGCCUCCAAAAAUAUAGUUCUUGAGUCGCUGAGGGAGAUGAAGUGUUUGAAAACUCUCUCCCUUAAGAGUAAUUUGACCAAGAUACCCCAGUCUAUAGUGGAUGUUUCCAGCCAUCUGCAGCGGCUGUACUUACACAAUGACGGCACUAAGCUAGUAAUGCUCAACAACCUGAAAAAGAUGUCAAAUCUGAUCGAGCUGGAGCUAGUGCGCUGUGAUCUGGAACGCAUCCCACAUGCCAUCUUCAGCCUGACGAAUCUGCAAGAGCUUGACCUGAAAGAAAAUAACCUUCGCUCAAUAGAGGAGAUUAUCAGCUUCCAACAUCUUCGAAAACUCACUUCGCUCAAACUUUGGUACAAUGGUAUCAUGUACAUCCCAGAGCAUAUCAAGAAGCUUGGCAGCCUAGAGCGCCUUUACUUCAGCCACAACAAGAUCGAGAUAUUGCCUUCACACCUGUUCCUGUGCAACAAGCUGCGCUACCUGGAUCUGUCCAACAAUGACAUCCGAUUCAUCCCUCCUGAAAUCGGAGUCCUUCAGAGUCUACAGUAUUUCUCGGUCACCUGUAACAAAAUUGAAAAUCUACCAGAUGAGCUCUUCUUUUGCAAAAAGCUCAAAACACUGAAGCUUGGCAAAAACUCGCUGUCCAUACUCUCGCCAAAGAUUUCCUACCUUGCUCUCCUGACAUACUUGGAGCUCAGAGGCAACCACUUUGAACUCCUGCCGCAAGAGCUCGGUUGCUGUCGUGCUUUGAAGCACAGUGGCCUUAUAGUGGAAGAGACACUAUUUGAAACUCUGCCUUCAGAUGUCAGGGACCAAAUGAAGGCCGAGUGAGAUGCCUUAUUGUAGCCACAGUGCCUGCUGUUUGUUCUGUCUACCAAUUCAGAGCAUUUGUUUUGUAUGAACUCAUUACCAUACUUAAGUAUUACAUUACUGUUAAAUUAAGAGUUAUUUUUCCUGUUUCCUUGACAGAGGGGAAAACUACUUAUUCAAUUAUUGUCACAUACUGUGUGCCUGCAACAGUUCUUGUUCUGUUGUUAUUAACGUUUGACAUUUUUUUACAUUAUCGGGCCACAAAUCCUUCUUAGAGGAAUAGUUUGGCAUUUUGGGAACUACACCCUUUUGAUUUCUUGCUGAGAGGUAGAUGAGAAGAUUGAUAUCAACCUCAUAUCUGUACAUUAAACAUGAAGCUACAGCCAGCAGGCAAUUAGCUUAGCUUAGCAGGUAAAAAAUACACCUACCAGCUAACUAAUUAACAUGUCAUAUCUUCUUUGUUUUAAUCCGUAAAAAAAAAACGAAAUGUAAAAAUGGCUGGCUGUGGCUUCACAUAUUUCAUACAGACCUAAGAAUGAUAUCAAUCUUCUCAUCUAACUCUCUGCAAGAGAGCAAAUAAGCCAUCUUGAAGCACAUUUCCUGUCACUGCUACAUCAAAUAAUUUGAUUACUGAAUGUAAAUCUAAACUGAAGACCUCACUUAAGUUUAGGUCUGUAGCCUUACGAUUGCUGUUUUUUUUAUAUAUUUUAUGCUGCUCGUAUAAAGCAUUUUAUUUUCUUCAAGAAACUGUUAGUUCACAUGGACCGCAGCAGGGAAAAUGCAAAAAACAAAGGAUAUAUCAUACAUAAGCACAUGUAAUAUCUUGGCUAAACAAUUCUGUAUUAUAGAAGAUGAUAUUUUGAAGUGCAUUAAACUUAAAGGACUAUGUCA